UGAGCAUUUCUAAUUUAGAUGACGAAAGAAACACUGAAAGACAUGGACGGCCACAGGUAUGACUUUGUUAAAAUAAGAAACGGAGAGGAGAUCAUUUCCAGAGAUGGCCAGCUCGACGAAAUCGCCGUACCACUGAAAGAACAGGGCGUGUGGAUUGUAAUAAAGGAAGAUAACCCGGACGUAUGUUUCGUCGUCGAUAUGACAGACGAGGAUCCAAAUGAUAGACCGUCGGACGGACAGUUCAAGUUGCUGCAUUACGAUGCUAAAGUUGUACAAGACGUCCACCCCGACAUCAAACGAACUUGCGAGGAAUAUGGCAGAGAGGGAAGGACCAUCGUAGAAGUGGGACCAAAAGAAGACAGCAAACCUCUUCCACCUGCUAUCCCUUUCUUCCAAGGUUACCACAGUGGAAGAAUUGUAAAACGGCGCAUUCGAAUAACUAUAAUAAUAGGUCGACUUAAAAUCGUUAUUGAAUUUGGAAGGGGCCGAUAGACUGCACAUGACUGACAGUAAACAGUAGGCCUGCCACUUUGGAGACAAAUUUAAUUAAACUGUAAGAACAAAUGUAUUCUGAAAAUUGUCCAUCAUAUUGUUUCACAGUAAUAAUAGUAUGUAAUAAAUAACAAAUUCAAUAUGUGUAAGCAUAUUUGCUAAUAAAAUUAAAACAAAAUCAG